CGUAGGGAGGGCGGGAUUAUUUCGAGAGGGCUCCUGGGUGGUUUUUCGGAAGCUUCUUUAGCUCAGGUUGGCGCCGACGGGAAUCGAGUCAUGUUCCGCCUUGAGGGUCUGGGGCCCAAGCUGGACCCGGAGGAGCUGAAGCGCAAAAUGCGCGAGGACGUCCUCUCCUCGGUCCGCAGAUUCCUCCUCUACGUAGUCGUGUUGCGCAUCACUCCAUACGUUUUAAAGAAGCUGGACAGCAUAUGAUAGUAAGAGCUUCAAAGAUUGCCUACAUGGAAGACCAAGCUGAACUAUGGUUGCUUUUCUAAUAGAGAAACGACUCCGUAUCCUGACAGAUGAAUCUGAACAUUUUCCUGUGAGGGUUAUAGAGCAGCCGAAAAAGUUAAAUAAUUUUUGUCACUGCUCUUUUCAUGUGCCAGAAUUCUGUUCCUUCAUGUUGGUGCAAUCUUGUUCUUGUUCAGAGCUUAUAAUCAAGCCUGAUUUGGGAAAGCUGCUAAAUAUGCAUUGGAAUAUAAUGAUCUCUGAAGUGUUAACAGUGAUAUUGUUGUCACUAUACUGUUUCCAUGUGAAACCUUAUGGUCAUAUCCUGAAAGAUUAAAAUAAAUGGAGUAUAUGUUUUAACGAUAGUGUUCUGCAAUAUUUCCAAUCAGAUUGGUUAAACUGGAUCUUCCAUACUGCAUCCUUUUGGUUAAGUUCUAAUACUUCAAGAUGAGAAUAAAGAACACAGAGCGCUGCACUAAAGCUUUUCAAAAAGUCAAAACCAGGUGAUGCUAAAUCGAGGCAAAGGCAAAGCUGACUACGCUUCCUUUUUGUCUUGUUUGCAGUGAUACUUGGUUUUGUUAAGCAACUGAGGAAAAAAAGGCAUGGAGUAGGCAGAACAAUUUGUCUUGGUUAUAAUUAAAAUGUGGGGUCAUCUAAUGAAGCUGGUUGUUAGUUCAGAGCAAAGAAAGGAAUAAUUCCAUACAAUGAUAAAUUUUACAAUCACUGCUGCUAAAUGAGAUAGGAACUAGUUUAGGCAUGGCUUCCAUGGUUGGUCUAGUGGUUAAGGCAAUGGGCCAGACACCAGGAGGCUGUGAGUUCUAGUCCUGCCUUAGGCACGAAGCUGGCUGGGUGACCUUGGGCCAGUCACUCACUCUCGGCCCAACCCACCUCACAAGGUGGUGGUUGUGGGGGAAAUAGGAGGAGGAAGGAGUAUGAGGUAUGUUCGCCCCUUGAGUUAUUUAUAAAGAUAAAAAAAAAAAAAACUAGCCACUGAUGUGGCUGCUCCCAUAACACUUCAAUUUGAGAUGAGCCGAGGUCACAGGUUGGUACUGUCUCCCUUGAGAGCAGUGAAGGAGGUAGGUGUGGCUUCAGAGUUGUUUUUUUUUAAAAUAUUGAGUGGAGGCUAGGUCAGCCAGAUAACCUAACUGGAAGAUGGCAAGCCUUAGUACCAUGGACAAAAAGGAGAAGACCCUCACUUUCAUACCCAUGUCAACUUCUCCCAGAAAUGAGUGAUGGGCAGGGGCUUUAGUUUCAUUCGAAAAGCAAUCCUGCGUAUGUGUAAGAAAGUCUGCUUUCUUUUCCUCCUCUGAUUUCUCUUGGAAUGAUGGUUAGUGACAAUUAAAAUUGACAUCAUGUGAAUAUGCCAUUUGAGCAUUUCCAUGAAAGAAAGCAGCCACCAGAUGUCAGUGGCUAGCUAGCAAUCUUUCUCCCAAGAAAGGUGGUGUGGCCAUGUUAAAACAGGGAUUUCAUUUGUAAUCUCAUUUUCUGUAAUUUUAAAAAUCCUUGGGGAAGAGGAAAGGUUGCUACAUCAUUCGGCAAUCAUGACAAUGCUAUGAAUGGAAAAUGGUUUCUGGUUAUCAAUAUACAUUAAUUUGGUACACAAGCAAUAUUCAAAUUACCAGCAAAUUUGUUACAAUGUAACCCUGGCACCCCAAUGCUGCUUUCUUACCUAUCUUAUAAUGGUUUUCAAACACUUUUAAUUAAAAAAGAAAUGAGAAACUGCUCUGUUGCAGAACAAACCAACUUUAAACAAUUUUUUUUCCCAAGAAUGCCUCUAAGUUCCACCUAAAUCUGAGGAAUAUUUUUAGAAAAUAAUCAGGUGGCUGAGGUUUAAGUGCUGCUUUGCAGUGCACCUACUCAAAAUAUAAAGGUAAACUCAGGAUUGAGAAGAAUGUUCUCACAGGACAGAAUAACAUUGUCUUCUGGUAACUGGGUGUGGCAUGCAGGACACUGCGGUUUAACUCUGAAUCUCCAUCUUUUUCUUCUCCAUUUCAACAAUCUGUCACAAUAUGAAAAGUUCUUGCUUAAUUUUUACCUCAGGCAGAAAACAUGGAUAGAUUAAAGGCAUUAUUCCAUAAUGAGGCAAGCAACUAAGAUGAUACAGAUGAAACAGUAUGCUCUCAAUCUAAUUUGGUGUUCUUUUAAAGAUUUAAGUGUGUGUGUGUGUUCUAACGAUAUACAUUCCGGGUUCUGUAGGAGGGGGUCCUAUGCAAAAUAUAGUUCAGAAUUUGUAAUGCUCAAGUGGAUUGAGCCAGUGUAUUGGUUAAAGUGUUGGGCUAAUACUGGGGAGACCCAGAUUCAAGUCCACCCUAGACAUGAAAACUCAGUGGAUGACUUUGAACCGGUCAUAUGCUCUCAGCUCAACCUACCUUACAGGGUUGUUGUGGAUAUAUAAUGAAGGGAAGUUCCAGCAUAAGGGUCUUGGAAGAAAGGCAGAUAUAAACCUAGCAAAUUUCAUUCAAGUGGUUGAACUAAUGCAUUAAAAUACAAUCCUAUUAUUUUGGUAUUUCCUGUUUAGUGGGCCAUUUAGUUUAAUGGACAAAAACAGAAUAAAUUGCUAAGCGAAGGGAGGGCACAGUUUGAAUAUUUUGUCCAUGUCUCAGUUUUUAAAAUGCCCUGAAUCCAGUAAUUGUUGCUUUGCUGGUUAAUUUGUUGCUAUAGUAAAUUGUAAUGAGAGGCUGUUUUCUAGAUGUACUUGAGAGUGCCAAUAAAAACAAAAUGUUUUAAAAAACA